AGGGACGCGCUCGCGCCGGCUGAGCGGAUCCGCGGAGAGUCUCUUUCCUUUUUCUUCUGGUUCUUUUUUGAUUUGACCGGCUGAAAGCAUCAGAAGGAGAAGGCAUUACAGAUAGUUACAGUUCAAAUAAUACGGAACUAUGAAACACUCCAAAAAAGUCAAACUCAAAGGUUUCUUGGAAGGUUUCUGCGUAUUUAUUAGCUUACGGUAACUGAUCCAGGAGCAGCUGGUAGCUACUGGUUAAGCUGACACUUCUAAUGGAGAAUAAUUGAUGGAGAGAUCCUGGGCUCAUGUCUGCCGUGUCAGUGAUGACCGCGGAGCACAAGGCAUGGAAAGGAACAUUGGAGACCAGCUCAACAAAGCUUUCGAAGCUUAUCGCAAGGUCUCCAUCGAAAAGGACAAUGCUAAAAAGGAGCUGCAGAAAAUGACUGAAUAUUAUGAGCGAUACACUCAGGAGCUCCAGAAGCAGAUAGAAGACCAGCAGAGGUUGAUUUCUGAACUUGAAGCUAAGUUGUCUGCAGCGAGUCAAACAUCAGAAGAAAUAAAAUGUGAGCCUUGCAACCAUCUCCUCGAAGGGCCCGGCACUUACAGGACACCACAGACCCCGGUGUGUUCUCGCAAGAUGGGCACCGUUGCUCCUAAUUUGCCCGUCAGCAGCAGCGGCGUUGACUAUCAGGACAUGCAGGGGGCUUUUGAAGCAAUUCAAGGUCGAUUUCGACAGAUCCAGUCUCUAACCAGAAGACAAAAAGAUCACCUGAAAAGAUUUCAUAGAGGAUGCGAUGCGUCAAACGAUCAGCGGUUCUCCAUGCCCAUCCAGUGUACGGACCGAACCGCAGAGGUAGAAAGGCCCUUUCCCUCAGCUUUAAGGGCAGCUGCGGACAUCCCUCACCUGCCUGCAUCUCUGGCAUCCCGUGGUGCCGCUCACGAGGACAGGGACUUGGUAGACUCUCUCACCAAACUCAGUGUGAAAUUCCCACCCCCUGCGGACAGUGAAUACGAUUUUCUGAACAGUGCUCCAGAGAGGAAUCCUAAUCUGGCCAUGCCCAUGAAGCUGCAGCCUCCCAGCAGCACCUCUCCGGCGCUGACGAAGGAGAAGCCCAUGGAACUGCCUUUGCUUUUUGUCUAUCCCACGUCUCCCUCCCACUCGACACCCUCUUCACCCUCCCAAGAGAGUGUGCGGGGACCCCAGCAGUCUCUCUGGAGUCCUGGGUUGUGCGAGGCGGGCGACAUCGGGACAGAUCAGGAGCCUCAGAGCGGCAGUCCGAAUAAAUGUGCUUUCUGCAACGCCGUGGUUCCUCAGAACCGGAUGAACAGCCACCUAUUCUUGCACUGCUCUCCUAGGAACGAAACCAAUGAUUGACGGCGGCAGCAGAGACUCAUGGACCAAGGUCCCAACUACUUUUUAAACAUUUUACUGUGUUCAUCAUGAUCCACUUCCUGCCUGCCUUGAAGUCCAAGAAGCGCUGUACAGGAACUGAACUUACACUUCUAUAAGACUUGAAUCCAUCUAUUUAAUACUUAAUAUUGAAAUGGUACACUUUUUUUAUUUUGCUCACAUUGAUUUUCUACUAUCAGACUGAGAUUUUAUGGUGAUGCAUAUAAAUAUAUAUUUGAGAAAAUAAACCAGUAUUUACUCCUGUA